AGCCACAUCCAUGGAAGGGAUGACGCAAUGCAGGUGAAGAGGAUCGUCGUUAAUUCUGUGUGAACGUUAGACAUUCAACUUCACACACGCUUCAACAGAAGAUGGCCCACUUCUGGUACUUCGCCUACGGGAGUAACCUCCUACCCCAGCGCCUACUGAGGAAGAACCCUACUGCCGUCUUCAUCGCGACAGCUUGUCUGCAGGACUACCGCCUGACGUUUGACGCACCAUGUGACAUCAACAAGACGCUGUGGGCGGGUGCGCUCGCCACCAUCAGGAGUUGUCCUGGAUCCAGUGUCUGGGGCGUCAUAUGGCAGCUUGAUAUGGCCGACAGCGACAAUCUGGACAGACAGGAAAAAACAUACCAGCGCCGGACCGUGACAGUAACGACACCCGACGGCACAACGCACACGUGUCGGACGUACGAGCUGGACGGGGAGUAUGACAUCGCACAUUCCCCCUCCCCGCAGUACAAGGAUGUGAUUGUGAGGGGGGCGAGACAAAGCGGCUUACCCCAAGCUUACAUCUCCCAGCUGGAGGCUGUAGAAGACAAUGGAUACGACGGAGAGGUUGAAGUCUACAACAGACUCAUACGCCAAUUGGAAAAUCAACAUCAAUGACACAAGUUCAGCAAUCAACCUUGCCGUAUUAUAUCUUCAUUCUAUAAUGAUUAAACUUUACUCAAGAAUUUGGUCUCAAACAAAAGUGCCAAUUCGCAUGAAUAUCAUCCUCUAUAUCUCAAGGGCAUUUCGAUAAACAUACAAUAACCCCUGCAUUCAUUCCCGUGGUUCUCGCUAUCUGAAAUUACCCGCCUUUGAUUUCCAUCUGCCAAUUUGAUUGGCUAUGCUACUGGGUCUAACGGACCAAUGAGAAUGCGAGUUACAAACCAGACGCAGUGUUGAGUUGGCCAGUCUCAUUGAUUACGAUCGAGUUUGGGAGAAAUUUAACAUUGACUUACGCGCAAAAGGCCUCAAAAAUCUUUUUGAUGGAAACGAUGUCUUCGAAUUCGUGUCCAUUAAAACUGGCGGUGUCUUUGGUUUCUAGGUAAUACGAGUUUUCAAUCACAUCAGAUCUUACUUCUCGCUACUGAUAAGCAAAAAUCUGAGGACAUUCCAUUACGUCCAUUCACGUCAGUGCGACCUUUCAUCCCGACCAAUCAAAGCGUAGCUUACUAGAUCGAGAAAGUGACAGUCUGUGUGUGUUUUCUGAUCUGGACCUAGA